CCCAUUGCCAUGGUGGGCUGUGGCGAACCCCAAUCAUGCCAUCCACAAAUUAAUAAUAUUAUGAUUUUUGCUAUAAAAUUUCAAAAUUAGUUUGCACUUUGGACAAACCAAAUCGUUUUUCUCUUUUCAGAAGAAAAAUUCAGAAUCUGAAGUGGAGGUUCGUUCAGAUUCAAAGCAAUAUUCAAUUAUUCAUUGCCACUUCCUUCACGUCUCCAUAUUCAUCGAAAGGGAAACACUCUCCGGGAUCUAAGCCCGAAUUUGGAGCCCCCAGUUGGAUUCCGUUCGGUUUCAUCUGGUUCUGGUUCGAACCCAGAAAAAGAAUUAUACAGGAAAAUGAGCAAUCUGAGGACGAUUUGUAGAUCGCACACGGUGUUCUCGUCGAUCGCCAGCUGUUGCAGGGACAGAGUUCGGGUUCGUUCGCGCUCUGUGGUUAGGGUUUCGAUACGGAACCCUAAUUCAAAGCCUCGAUUGUCCUCGCCCUCCUUGUUGUCUUCUCGGUUCGAUUCCUCAGACUUGCCCAAAUACGAGCCCUGGUUGAGGCUUAAUCAGAGGAGGACCGUGGUUAGGGCGUCUAAUUGGAACGACCCCAAAUCUCCCUAUGAGACUCUCGAGUUGGAAGGAGAUGCUGAUGAAGAGAAAAUAAAGUUAGCUUAUCGACGUUUGGCCAAAUUCUAUCACCCAGAUGUUUAUGAUAGUAGGGGGACCCUUGAGGAAGGGGAAACAGCUGAAGCUCGAUUCAUCAAGAUUCAAGCUGCUUAUGAGUUGCUUAUGGAUCGGGAGAAGCGAAGGCAAUAUGAUAUUGACAAUCGAGUCAACCCAAUGAAGGCAUCUCAAGCAUGGAUGGAGUGGCUCAUGAAAAAGCGAAAAGCUUUUGACCAGCGGGGUGAUAUGGCCGUUGCAGCUUGGGCUGAACAGCAGCAGCGUGAGAUGAAUCUCCGCGCACGCCGUCUCUCUCGUUCAAAGAUUGAUCCUGAAGAAGAAAGGAAGAUUCUGGCAAAAGAAAAGAAAGCAUCAAUGGAGAAUUUUAACAAUACCCUCAGGCGGCAUACACUUGUGUUGAGAAAAAGAGACAUAAUGCGAAGGAAAGCAGAAGAGGAAAAGAAGAAGGUUAUCAGCCAACUUCUGGCUGCCGAGGGUCUGGAGCUUGAAACAGACAGUGACGAAGCAGCCUAGACCAGACAGACGAUUUUUAUUUUGAUUUUUUUUGUGCUAACUUUUUUAAUUAAAAAUAUUUGAAAAAAGAAAGGUGUACAUAUUAUUGCUCAGUCACAGAUAAGUUGCAUUCAUCUAAAAACCAUUAUUACAAGUACAAGUAAAAUGACUAGUUAGUUGCA